GAGAUUGUCUUCCGUAUCUGACGAAGGUCGUUCUGGCGGGUUCGAGGAGCGCGCGCAGUCUGCAACAACAACAGUCGGCAGAAGAAGCAGCUGAGGGCAGAGACAUCAAUCAUGCACGUGAUCAAGAGAGAUGGUCGCCAGGAGCGUAUUAUGUUCGACAAAAUCACAUCACGCAUCCAGAAACUUUGCUAUGGACUCAAUGCUGAGUUUGUUGAUCCUACUCAGAUCACCAUGAAGGUGAUUCAGGGCCUUUACAGCGGCGUUACCACAGUAGAGCUGGACACCCUGGCUGCUGAGAUCACUGCCACCCUCACCACCAAACACCCUGACUAUGCCAUCCUGGCGGCCCGCAUCGCUGUGUCCAACCUGCACAAAGAAACCAAGAAGGUCUUCAGUGAGGUUAUGGAGGACCUCUACAACUAUGUGAAUCCCCUGAACGGCCGCCACUCGCCUAUGGUUUCAAAGGAAACUCUCGACAUUUUUUUGGCCAACAAAGAUCGGCUCAACUCAGCCAUCAUUUUUGACAGAGAUUUCUCUUACAAUUUCUUUGGCUUCAAGACAUUGGAGCGCUCAUAUCUGCUAAAGAUCAAUGGGAAGGUCGCUGAGCGGCCACAACACAUGCUGAUGAGAGUGUCCGUGGGAAUCCAUAAGGAGGACAUUGCGGCAGCUAUAGAAACCUACAAUCUGCUCUCUGAGAAGUGGUUCACUCACGCUUCUCCUACACUCUUCAAUGCCGGCACCAACCGGCCACAGCUCUCCAGUUGCUUCCUGCUUGCUAUGAAAGAUGACAGUAUUGAGGGGAUCUAUGACACCCUGAAGCAGUGUGCCCUCAUUUCUAAGUCUGCCGGAGGUAUCGGGGUGGCAGUGAGCUGCAUUAGAGCUACUGGAAGCUACAUUGCAGGGACUAAUGGCAACUCAAAUGGCCUGGUUCCUAUGCUCCGUGUCUACAACAACACAGCACGCUAUGUGGACCAAGGAGGAAAUAAGAGACCAGGAGCUUUUGCUAUGUACCUGGAGCCCUGGCAUUUUGACAUUUUUGACUUCCUAGAGCUUAAAAAGAAUACUGGUAAAGAGGAACAGAGAGCUAGAGAUCUGUUUUAUGCCCUCUGGAUCCCUGAUCUCUUCAUGAAGCGAGUGGAGACCAAUGCGAACUCCAACAAGCGUCACAGGCCCAUCGGUAUCGGCGUUCAGGGUCUGGCUGAUGCCUUCAUCCUCAUGCGCUUCCCGUUUGAGAGUGCAGAGGCUCAACACCUCAACACACAGAUCUUUGAGACCAUCUACUACGCUGCCCUGGAGUCCAGCUGUGAGCUGGCUGCAGAAUUUGGGCCGUAUGAAACGUACGCUGGGUCUCCUGUGAGCAAGGGCAUCCUGCAGUAUGAUAUGUGGGAUAAGACGCCUACAGACCUGUGGGACUGGGCGGCACUCAAGGAGAAGAUUGCCAACGCUGAACCAGAGCGCGGAUGA